GAUAGUUGGCAGUCUGCGUGCUACCCCUCCUCCUCGCCUUUUCUCCCCGGGCAAAAGGUUUUCAAAUUCGACCAAUCAGCGGGCGCGCUCCUUCAGCCGAGCCGCGACACCCAAGGGUUAACCGCAACCAACCGGAGGCGGGGAUUGGAGAAAAGAGCCAAUCAGGAGGGCGCAGAGGUGUGUCCUGGGGGCUUAUAAAGGCGGCCUCGCGGCGCGCGCGCGACAGCAGUUACACUGCGGCGGGCGUCUGUUCUAGCGUUUGAGCCGUCGUGCUUCACCGGUCUACCUCGCUAGCAUGUCGGGCCGCGGCAAGACUGGCGGCAAGGCCCGCGCCAAGGCCAAGUCGCGCUCGUCGCGCGCCGGCCUCCAGUUCCCAGUGGGCCGCGUACACCGGCUGCUGCGGAAGGGCCACUACGCCGAGCGCGUUGGCGCCGGCGCGCCAGUGUACCUGGCGGCAGUGCUGGAGUACCUCACCGCUGAGAUCCUGGAGCUGGCGGGCAAUGCGGCCCGCGACAACAAGAAGACGCGAAUCAUCCCCCGCCACCUGCAGCUGGCCAUCCGCAACGACGAGGAGCUCAACAAGCUGCUGGGCGGCGUGACGAUCGCCCAGGGAGGCGUCCUGCCCAACAUCCAGGCCGUGCUGCUGCCCAAGAAGACCAGCGCCACCGUGGGGCCGAAGGCGCCCUCGGGCGGCAAGAAGGCCACCCAGGCCUCCCAGGAGUACUAAGAGGGCCCGCGCCGCGGCCGGCCGCCAGGCCUCCCCAUGCCACCACAAAGGCCCUUUUAAGGGCCACCACCGCCCUCAUGGAAAGAGCUGAGCCACUUCAGACUGCGGGGCAAGCGGGCCGCGGCUCCCGGCUCCCUUCCCCUCCCCUCGCCCGCCUUCGCCGCCCGGCCUCGAGUCCCCGCCCGCCCCCGCUCCUGUCCCGCACCGCCUGCCGCGUCGGCCUCGGGCCCUGCCCUGUCCGCCGUCCGCCCUCCGGUAGGGUUCGGGCCUUCCGGAUGCGGCUUGGGCGCUCUUCGGGGACCUCCGUGGCGCGGAAGACCCGAGCCUGCCCGCCUCGGCGUUCGUGACUCAGCCGCCCCAUCCCGAGUCGCCGAGGGGCUGCGGGGAGGCCGCAGCACCUUCUGGAAGACUUGGCCUUCCGCUCUGACGCAGGGCCGAGGUGGGCAGUGCAGGCCGAGAGGCCGGCGGCCCUGAAGGUCUGCGCUGGGGCCGGGACGAAGCACUUGGUCACAGGCACAUCUUCCUCCCGAGUGACUGCCUCCUAGGAGGACAUUGAGGGGAGGGCAGAGGCCCGCAGUUUGGCUUCCCGGCUGGCUGUGUGGACAGCAAGAGUCGUUUUCGCGGAAGCCGACUGGCAGCCAGGCCCGACGCCGCCCCGUUUCCCUUCCAGCAAACUCAACUCGGCAAUCCAAGCACCUAGAUACCAGCACAAGUCGGUUAAUCCCUGUCUGGACUGAGCCUCCGUGGGCUUCCGAACUGGAAUUUUGCAGCUAACCCUUCCACGACUAGAACCUUAGGCAUUGGGGAGUUUUAGGUGGACUAAUUUUAUUAAAGGAUUGUUUUUUUUUAAA